UAUUGCAUAUUGCUUCACAAAGAAAUAACUUAGAGAUGGUAGAAUAUCUAGUAGAUGAUAAGGGAUCUGAUGUUAAUGCUAAAAUGGCCUUUGGUUUAAAACCUAUACACAUUGCAGCAAGAGAAGGUUGUAAAGAUACUUUAGAGUUUUUCAUUAGUAAGGGGUUAAGUAUUAAGUUCAUUAAUAAUGAAGUUGAUGCAUAUAAUUGGACAUUACUACACUAUGCAGCAUCGAAAGGUCAAUUAGAAGUUGCGAAGUAUUUGAUAGCACAAGGCGCUGACGUUAAUGCUAAAACUGUUAAUGGCUUAACUCCUAUGCAUAUUGCUGCUAAACACGGUUAUAAAGACUUUAUUCAAAUUUUAUUAAAAAAUGGAGCAGUUUAUAACGCUGUUGACCAUACUUGUAAAAAACCACUAAAAAUGUCUAAUGACGAAAACGUUAUCAAUUUAUUAGAAUCAACUGAGAAAUUGUUCGAGGCUGUAAAACGUAAUGGCUCUUCAGAUGUUGAGAAUUACAUUAAAGCAGGGGCGGUCGUUAACGCCAAAAAUGUUAAUGGAACAUCAUUACAUUAUGCUGCAUGUAAUGGCUAUGACAAUAUCGUCAAUAUUCUGUUACAAAAUGGAGCUGAUCCUAAUACAGUUGAUAACAAGGGAUUUACCCCUCUACAUUAUGCUGCUAAGUCCUGUCACUUAAAAGUUGUAAAGCUCCUAUUAUCUAAUGGUGCAAUAUAUAAUACAGUUUCUGAUGAUGGUAAAACACCGUCAGAUUUUAGUGUAGAUAAAAGUAUUACUCGCUUAUUUCAAUUACUGCGUGACUCAUUUGAAAAUAUUAAAAAUGAUGAUUCUCAAGUUAUUAAUGAUCUUAACAAGAUAAAGGAUAUUGAUACAGUAAAAGCAAUAAUGAAUGCUCGUAAUGAAGAGAACAAAACUCUAGUAGUUUCUGCAGUGCAUAAUAACUUUUCAGAAGUCGAACAGUUAAAAAAGGUAUUACAAGAUGAUGUAUCCGUUCAGAUUAAUGAAGGUUUAAUGUUUUAUAAUCGAGGCGAUUAUAAAAGAGCUUUAUGUAUAUUCGAAAGCGUAUUUGAAAAAAAAAAAAAAAUAAUAG